AUGGACAAGGACGAAACUCUUGACGACGGCAACCUCACCGCCUCUAUCAUGCUCGAUCUGGGGGCGGAUGCGUCUCUCGGUGGAAAUGGGACUGUCCGUAACAGUUGUGUCCAAGAUGGCCCCUUCGCCAGCACGACGCUGCAUAUACAAGACGACCUAUCGUAUACUGAAACCUGCCUCCACCGCAUUUUCGACGACAAACAAUUUAUUCUUAGCGCACAGUCUGCUGUUAAUGAGUGGAUGGCCAAGGAAACCUUUAUCGAUUUCUGGCACUGUAUCGAGAGAGGUCUGCAAUCCGCUGGCCACGGCAGCGUAGCUAGUACUAUGAUCUCCGUGGCUGUUAGUCCAGGCGAUACUAUCUUUUGGCUUCAUCACACGUAUCUGGACAGGUUGUUCUCGGAUUGGCAGUUACAAAAUCUUACGACUCGUCUCACCGAGAUUGGUGGCUCUAACCUAGAGGACUUGACUACAGGGGAAGGCGGUCAACUAGGUGGUGGUGAGGGCAACUUUACAGUUCAACCUAUUGAUCCUGAUCCGCGCUUCGUUGAUUACUUCAACGACAUCGGCAAUGUGACUACUCUGAACCACACUCUGUCGUCGGCCGGCAUCAUCAAUGCAACUAUUGCGGAUGUUAUCGACGUCACAGGGGACUACGUGUGCGCCGAGCAGUCCUCGAGAUUGCUGGUAUACACAUCACUGUUAAACUUGCCGCUUGCUUUCGCAUUGACGUUGUCAAUCGCAAAUCGAUUUUCAUUGUAA